GUUCAGGAUCGAGUGAUGACUGAUAAUAUUGUCAAAAAUGCCGCUUUGCAACAAUCUGCGAAUGAUCCAGACACAAUCCACAGAAUAGUCGGAGCCAUAGGUAAGCGCAGUAUCGAUGAUCUUGAUCAGAACAAGGAUGGCAACAUUGACCAAUCAGAAGCUGAGAAAUUGAUGGAAAGACGGGAAGCCGAGUUUCUACUUUCACUUGCUGAUGAAAAUGGAGACUCGAACAUAAGUCUGGAAGAGUUCUCGAGAAGCAUCGAUGACUUCCUGACCAUGGAUUCAGAUCCGGGAUUGCAGGAAGAGUACAGUACUGCAGUGGAAGAGGACGCAGAAUGAAGCUAGCGAUCAACUUGUUGAUACAAUGAUUUAAAUAAAUCAUCACAGCAAACA